AUGAAGCCCCAUCAUACCAUAGCCUUCCUCACUCUCCAGCUCCUCUCCAUAGGUAAGAAAAAUGGAUUGAUUGUCUUACGAUGACCUAUUUACUUUCAAUUUCCACUAAUAUAAACAUCUCCUCCUUCCUCCAUACAGAGAUCCCAGAGGUGUUGGGUGUGGCUGAGACAAGGACGGCCAUUGAGGGUCAGUCCAUCAUUUUGACCUUACCUAGUGAGCAGAUUGAACCGCAAAGUCAGGUUGAAUGGAGAUACAGCCAACCCGGAAAAAAUAAGCUGCUGGCUAAAGUACAAUUAAACGAAGAUGGUGACCACAAGACAACCAUCUUUAACAACCGGACGAAGAUCCAGAAUAAUGGAUCUCUGAGUAUCCAGGGUCUCAGUCAGGGAGAUUCAGGGAAUUACACCUGCAGUGUGGUUUCCACAGGCAGAACCAUCCAGACAUACACUGUUACUCUGAAUGUGCUGAGGCUGGGGGAGAGGGAAUCACACCCACCUGUCAGUGUCAUCUCAGGUAAAAGCAGUUUAUUUUUUUAUUUUCUGAGGCUAUUUUCAGCUCCAAGUCAUUUGUAGGAACAGACAGAAUCUGAGUCCUAAUUUCCCUAAUUUCCCCUUCAGUAUGAUCUGGAUGCUGUCUGCCCCUUAAAUAAUUUACAAAGUGCUCAAGUUCAAAAGCUUUAUUGUCAGUUUAGGGUAAAAAUUGUAAGUUUUAGGUAUACUCUAAAAAAUACUGGGUUGUUUGGUUGAUCCAACUGCUGGGUUGCAGGCACUUAGUUUGGUUGUUUUCUUUAAAAACUGUUUGGCUAUUGAUACUGGGUGCUGGGUUAUUAGUGCUGGGUUAUUGAAAUAUGACCCAGUGGGUCAGAUAAGAAGACUGGAGGUGUAGUUUAGUAGGGGCAUGUCAUUGCUGUUCAUCUGUUCUGUUGUAUAUUUAUCAAACAUUAUCAUUUUUUUAGCUACAAUGAGGCUUACCGAAGUGUAUGAGUUCCCCUAAAAGCCUAUGUAAAUCUCAUUGUUGGGAUGCAACAAGGUGGUAUACCUUAUUAGAAAAUGUAAUAAAUAAUCUUAAUAUUAUAGAAGAAUGUGUGAAAUGCAGGAGGAAAAAAAGGGAGAUUUGAAUUUUCAGGAUGUAAACUGGAGCUAAAGAACACUGUAAGGUUCACCACCACACAUACUUUGAACUAGCGCAAAGUGGGAGAUUCUGUCAAGAAACACUGGCAUGUUUUAUCAUUGCACCCAACUUUGCCAGCUGAAUUUAAGAACCCACCACUUAUUGUAUAUAGGAGAGGUCGCAAUUUACGCGACAAAUUGGUCCAUGACAACUGCCAGCCACAAAAGAAAAUGAGCCAGGCUCUUUUACGCCCUCUUCCGAAUGGUAGCUUUAAAUGCAGAGGUUGUGCAACAAUAUGAUGAAGUGUGAAUAUUUCUGCCAUCCACAUACAGGGAAACAGUUCCAAAUAAAUGACAUUACGUGCUCCACCACCCAUGUUAUCUACAUGAUUAAAUGUCCAUGUGGGCUGUGUUAUGUACAGUAGGUAAAACCUCUCGUUCUCUCAAACAGAGAAUUAGUGUACAUAAAAUUUAAAUCAGGGGAAACGACAGGGAUUAUCCAGUCGCAGUACAUUUUAAUUACCAAAAACAUGACAUUUCUACCUUUUUAGAUUAUGUGACAUAGAGAAAGUCAAGAUAUCAGACAGGGGAGGUGAUAUAAAUAAUACUCUGGAUUUUCACCCUCCAGACAUUAUUUCCAAAAGGUCUUAAUGAUGAAAUGCGAGCACAGAUGUUCACUUUAUCUAGAUGAGUUCUGCUAGGAUUACAUUCAAAAAGAGCCAGCCGCUAGGUCAACCCACCAUGAUUGUAAAAAAUACCCAAUUGAUAGUUAAAUUAACCCAUGCUUGAGUAAUCCCAACAACCUAACUGUCUGGGUCAAAAUUGGCCAGCGUGUGUUCUAUCUAAUAUUUACCAAAUAAUCCAAAUUGGGUUGUUUUUAACCCAGCAUAUUUUAGUGUACAGCUUUUUUAGCGGGCAGAAUAUUUAUUAUUUGAUUUUAAGGUUCACAGAACGUGACUACAACCAACACUUCAUCUAGCAUCCCAGAUGUGUCAGUUGGGGGAGAUACAGGGGUAACACUGUGGAUUAUCAGGACAGCGGGUAGAUGCUCAGCAGUGUUUCUUAGUAGUGUGCUGGCUGUGGUUGCAUUUCAAUGGAGAAAGAGGCAAAGAUCCAGCACAGGUAAACUAUUUUGACAAUCUUUUUUUGGGACAAAAUUGUAUUUCAAUUUGCAAUGUUAUUUUAAGUGAUGUAUACUGCAUAAUGACUAGGACCCAGAGCUUCACAUGACCUUGUAACCUGACCAAGAAAACCUCUGGAACCUAAUAUUGACUGUUUCUAAUGUAAUAUAACUGAUUUGAAGUGAGAUUAACUGAUCUGAUGUGAGUCAAAUGAUCCCUUCCACAGAUGAACCUAUCUACAGUAACACCGCCUACCUCAGACACAUGCACUGUCAUGUUAGGGACACCUGCCAAUCAUGUCAACACUCAUGA